GUUAAAAGCAAAAAGAAUAUUUAUUGAGUAGAAUGAUCAACUCUAGCAUUCGAAUAUCUUUAUUACUCAUCUUCUGCAAUGUAUACAGCAAUGCAAAAUUUCCAAAAUUAAUCAAUAUAGCCGAUUUUUCAUGGAAUUCUACUUGCUCUGCUGAUCAUUUCAGACCAACAAUUGCAGGAUUUUCCUUUAAACCUGAUCAUCUUAUGUAUCCUCAUUGGAUAAACAUGUUUUCAUGGUUAAACUAUUGUACAAGUGAUUGCAAUACUGCAAAAGUUACAAUAACAUUUCAGAAAUUAUAUAAUAUUUCUGAUUAUUGUUUAUCUCAAGCUUUUAUGACAACUAAAUACAGAACUGAAAAUGUAAAAGUUAUUUUCAAUACGAACAAGUAUUCAAUAGUGAAACUUGAAGAAUUUAAAAAAAAUAUUGAAUGCUUUCUACCUCAAAAUAAUUAUGGUAUUAACGUUGAAAAAAUGAGUUUCAUAACAGGAAAAUCAACAUAUGGUGAUAGUGCUGGUUUUAGUUCAAUUAUGAUCUUUACUUUUCUAGAUGUUGCAGAAGAUAUAAACCAUAGCGAAUUUUAUACAGACAUAGCAUCUUCUAAUAAUGGAGCUACUUGUUCUGUAAAAUCUGUAUUUAACGCUUACCAAUGUAAAUAUGCAUUAGAUUUGGUCAGUGGACUUUCUAUUAGCAGUCAAGAAUGGUCUAGUCAAUGUCAUAUCAAUAAUAAUAACUGUGCAGGGCAAUACUUUAAAGUUACUUUUACUAUCUUUGACGUACCAGUUAUUUAUUGUUUUGCCAAUAGGCAAACUACUCACAAAAAUAUUAAAAAGCUAAAGUUAAAAUGGAGUUCUGGUGUUGAGGAAUUCGCUUCUUUGAAAAAUAAUAAAUUUCAAAAAUGUUUCAAGUAUACAAACAUGUUUAUUGAAACUGAUUUAUACGUUGAAGUUGUUGAAAUAUAUACAAUUCAAAAUGUUGGGCUUAGUAUUCUUCAAGUGUUUGUCAAAGGUCCACCAUUUAAGGAUUAUGUUCUUCAAGGUACUCAACUCCAUCAAUACACCAUUCCACCUUAUAUUCAAAACAAUUUCAAGGCAAUCGCCUUUAGUCUAUUUGGACAUCGAAGCUCUGAAGACAAUAAUUGUGGAGAUAUUCUUUUAGUCUUUUCUCAUAAUGAUCGCAUGACUUUUGAAGUUUUCUUAUCAAAUUUAAAUCAGAGCUAUAUUCUGACUUUUUCCCAAGAAGGUGACGUUUAUGAGAAGGACGCAAUUCGAGAAUAUAUCACGUGUGACGAGUGGAAUGAUUUCUGGAUAACUGCUACAAAUGAUGCUAUCAGAUUGGGUAGAGGAUUGAUGUAUAACAAAGAAACACUUAUAACUACUCAUCAACCGUCCCAAAUCAAUGGUUUAUCAAAGAAAAUUGAGCUGAGGAACGUUAUUUCACACCACAAUCACACAUUGAAAAUCAAUGAUCUAGGUAAAUAA